AAGACGUGAGAGUCAUAUAAAUCAUACUCCACCUCCUUCAUACAAAGAAGUAACUGCUAUGCUAAGCCAUCUUAAUAGGGGAAGGAAACGAUCCUCAGUACCUAAUACUAAUAGCAAUACUAAUAGAGAAAGGGAACGAUCUCCGGUACCUAAUGUUAAUAGGAAUAG